UUUUAUAUUCAGAAAGUUAUAAUCAUUCAAUUACUUUGACAAAACUUCCGAGAUGGGGGACAUAAAUAUAACUGGACUUAUAUCAAUAAUUAUAUUUUAUUUGAUUAUCGUGCUGAUCGGAGUUUGGGCAGCAUGGAGGAAGCGCAAGAAGGGAGCUGGAAGUCAAAGCGAAACCAUCAUGGUUGCCGGUAGAGAUAUCGGUCUAUUCGUCGGUUGCUUCACAAUGACAGCUACAUGGGUCGGAGGAGGUUACAUUAAUGGUACAGCUGAAUCAGUGUACACAACCGGAUACGGACUCAUAUGGACUCAAGCUCCGUUUGGAUAUGCAAUCAGUCUUAUAUUGGGAGGAAUAUUCUUUGCCAAGAAAAUGAGAGAGCAGGGUUACGUCACAAUGCUUGACCCAUUGCAACGUAAACUUGGUCGUAGAAUGGGAGGAUUUCUUUUUAUUCCUGCUCUUAUGGGAGAACUGUUCUGGUCGGCUGCUAUCUUGUCUGCACUUGGAAGCACACUUGCCGUCAUAUUGAAUCUCAAUAUCAAUGCAUCCGUGAUUGUUUCUGCAAUUAUUGCACUUUUGUAUACAUUAAUCGGUGGAUUGUAUUCGGUAGCUUACACCGAUGUUGUACAGCUCUUCUGUAUAUUUGUGGGAUUGUGGAUUAGUGUGCCGUUUGCCCUAACAAACGAUGCAGUGGGCAGUAUUGCAGAAACAGCCCAUACAGGUGAAGGUGGGUGGCUUGGUACUUGGGAUCCUGCUACUACUGGACAAUGGGUCGAUUCAGCUUUGCUGUUGAUGUUUGGUGGAAUUCCUUGGCAAGUGUAUUUUCAGAGGGUGUUAUCAUCGGAUUCAGCUAAACAUGCGCAGAUACUUUCGUUCAUUGCAGCAUUUGGUUGUAUUGUCAUGGCGAUUCCGUCUGUACUAAUUGGAGCCAUUGGAGUAUCAACAAAUUGGACGGAAACUAAUUACAAAGAUGGAAAUGGAACAUCACCCGAAGACAAUGGAGAAGAGCUUAUGAUAUUACCUAUUGUCCUGCAAUAUCUUACACCAACUGCCGUAUCUUUUGUCGGUCUGGGAGCUGUAGCAGCAGCAGUAAUGUCGUCAGCUGAUUCCAGCAUUUUGUCGGCAUCGAGUCUUUUCACUCGAAACGUCUACAAGCUGGCCGUUAGACAGAGUGCUUCAGAGAAAGAACUUCUAUGGGUAAUGCGCGCUGCUAUCGUCGUCAUGACGGCUCUUUCAACUAUUCUAGCACUCACGAUCAAAUCAGUUUACGCUCUGUGGUUCUUAUGUUCGGAUUUUGUUUACGUUAUUUUGUUUCCACAGCUGCUAUGCGUGAUCUACUUUGACCCAAAUACAUAUGGGUCAAUAUGCGCAUUUACACUUGGACUUAUACUUCGUCUUGGAGGAGGAGAACCUGCAUUCAAACUAGAUCCUUUCAUCCAUUACCCAUACGGAACUAAUUUCCCUUACAAGACAUUUUCAAUGAUAAUAUCAUUGAUAACAUUGCUCGUCAUUUCUUACUCCGUUCGAUAUCUAUUCACCAGUAAAAUUUUACAUGAAAAAUUUGACAUCUUUGAUUGCAAUUUGGCGCGCGGAGGUAGAACCAUUGACCACUAUCUGAACGACGACGACGAAAACUCAAAAACAAAGAAAAAGAAGCCGUUAGAUAGACAAACGAGUACAGCUGCAGAGCUCAGGGCCAGGUAUAACAAACAAGAACUUGAAGAAGAUGUUAUGAAAACAACUUCAUUCCAAGCGGGAUAUGACAACAUUUCAGAAUCUCCAUCACCAGAAGGCGUGCCAAACAAAGGAUUUGAAGACGAAGACGACCAAGCAAAAAUCAUCAAAAAAUCCAAGUUAUAAAAGAGAGAAUAUUCAAGAAUGUGGAACUCAAAUAUUUUGACAAUUAUAUAGGCAAUUAUAUAAAUUAUUUGUUCAUAAUUGUAGCCUAUUCUAACCUUGAUGAGUGGUGUUCAUUACAAACAACUGUUAGGAACAACGAUUCAGAUCAUUACUACUUACGUUUGUAAUAGUGUGAAGUUGCCAUAAACGAGAUAGACAAGGAAAUAAUCGAUUGUGUUGCUGUUCCUUGAAUAAACAGUUAAUUAACACGCUGUUCUGUCACCUUUUAACAGGAAUUCCAGGGCGGAUUUGUGCGUUCUAAACCGGAAUUAUAUGUUUGAAAAACUUUCGCAUCGCUAUUAAAAUAAUGUAAUGUGGACAUAUCUAUUUGUUUGUGCAUAAAUUCUCAUAUAUAUAUAUAUAUACAUGUAUUUUAUUUAAUUUAUGCAAAUUGCGCUAAAUCUGUAAUAUUAUGAACAUAUACCUAAA